AUGGGACGUUUUUUGAUAUACGUUGCCUAUAUCGGGACUAAUUAUAGUGGAUUUCAAAAACAAGUUGGAAUAAAAACUGUGAAAACAAUCCAGGGACAAUUGGAUGUUGCUCUUAAAUUUCUCAAUCCAGCAAAUGAAAUAAGAACCCUUGCAUCAAGUCGGACGGAUACGGGUGUCCAUGCCUUGGAAAAUACUUUGCAUGUAGAUCUUAUCCACAAGAAACCGGGUAUUGAAUACAAUCCUGAAGAUAUAAAAAUAAAACUGAAUUAUUGGCUGAGAAAACAUGAAGAAACAAUUGUUGUCACAAAUGUGUUACGUGUUCCUGAUGACUUCCACAGCCGAAUGCAUGCAGUGAGUCGAACUUACUUGUACCGUUUGGCAAUUCCUUGGAAGAUGAUAGAGCAUCAACAGGGUUAUGCAGCUAUGAACUUUUUUGAGUCCAAACGAGCUCAAAUUAUCUUCAAACCAGUAAAUAUAGAAAAAUUGAUGGCUUGUGCUGAAUUGAUGGUAGGAACAUAUGAUUAUACCUCUUUCACAACAAUCAAGUCAUUACAAGAAAAAAAUAAGGACCCCAUUAGGACUGUGUCUAUUGAUGUGAAAUUAGGCACUUCAUUUUUGAGGUACCAUAAUCCCGGAUUGGAAGUUUGGGAAAUCCAUGUCACCAGCAAAUCUUUUUUAUAUCGACAAAUCCGACGAAUGGUAGGUGCAAUGAUCCAAGCAUCUCUUGACUAUUUCACUCUGGACUAUGUGAAGCAGAUGUUACUUGAUCCAGACUUAAAAUCUACAAAUACCAAAAUUUUACCUUCUCCCCCACAUGGUCUUUAUUUGAAAAACGUCUGCUACAAUCCUGAAGGUUUAAUUUAUGAUCCAGUUUCUCAGCUUACAGAAGAAGGACAGACAUCAAAUUGUGUCACAAAUACAGAUGCUCAAAAUGACACUUAA